GUCAAAAUUCCUUAUUUCGGUUUCCUGCUUUCCUCUUUCUCCGACCCGGACAACGUGCGGAACUGCGGACAGCGGUGAAGCCGUGGAGUGACGACGUGAGCCAGACCGACAGUGGACUGGGGACGGCUGAGCUGAGGAGUACUUUCAGGUGCGGCCUAGUCUCUGUCCAAGGAGAGGAAGGCAUAUAUUAGGGGAAAUUCAAGAUCCAUGGUGAAGGAGACAGAGUACUAUGAUGUUCUAGGCGUAAGCCCUAUGGCUACUGAAGCCCAAAUUAAAAAGGCUUAUUAUAUUAAGGCACGACAGGUUCAUCCAGAUAAAAAUCCUAAUGAUCCUCUAGCAGCACAAAAUUUUCAGGUUUUGGGUGAGGCUUACCAAGUACUGAGUGAUCCAGCCCAACGACAAGCUUAUGAUGCUUAUGGGAAAUCCGGAAUUUCAACGGAGGCAAUCAUUGAUCCUGCAGCAAUCUUUGCUAUGCUUUUUGGGAGUGAACUUUUUGAGGAUUACAUUGGACAGCUUGCCAUGGCAUCAAUGGCUUCACUAGACAUAUUCACGGAUGGCGAGGAAUUUGAUGCUAAAAAGCUGCAAGAGAAGAUGAGGGUUGUUCAAAGAGAAAGAGAGGAAAAACUUGCUGAAAUACUAAAAAAUCGACUGAACGUAUAUGUACAAGGAAGUAAGGAGGAAUUUAGGGCUCAUGCUGAAGCUGAAGUGUCACGGCUUUCCAAUGCAGCUUACGGUGUUGAUAUGCUAAAUACCAUUGGCUACAUAUACACAAGGCAGGCAGCUAAAGAACUUGGAAAAAAAGCUAUAUAUUUGGGAGUGCCAUUUAUUGCUGAGUGGUUCAGAAACAAAGGCCACUUUAUCAAGUCACAAGUCACCGCAGCGACAGGUGCAUUUGCUUUGAUUCAGCUUCAAGAGGACAUGAAACGACAACUUAGUGCAGAAGGAAACUACACUGAGGAAGAACUAGAGGAGUAUAUGCAAUCUCACAAGAAAAUAAUGAUUGACUCUCUGUGGAAGCUUAAUGUUGCUGAUAUUGAAACCACUCUCUCCCGUGUUUGUCAGAUGGUUUUACAAGAUAACAAUGUAAAGAAAGAAGAACUCCGUGCUCGAGCAAAGGGGUUAAAGACACUUGGCAAAGUUUUUCAGAGGGUUAAGUCGGUGAAUGGGAAUGAAACUGAGACUUCAGCUAAUACUCCUGUCCAGAAGUUGGAUGGAAGUGAACCAAGUUAUGAUUCUCACUCUUUGAAUCCAUCCUCACGAUCUCAAAAUGCAGAUGAGGCUCCUUAUACAGCCUUUGCAGUGCAGAGCCCAUACAUUGAAACACCACAAUUUGGUAGCGGACAAUUCAACAGCUAUGAUUUCCCCAUGCCAACUGCUCCACCUGGUGCAGAGAGACAUGCCUAGACAUGCAGUUGAAUCUUACCCACUGUAUGAAUACCAGGUAUUAUUAAAUGGGGUAUUGUUGGAGCAGUUUGUAUGUUCCAUUUGCUUCAAGUGGAGAUUACAGAUUAAUCUGAAUAUCUGUGAAUGUAAAGGUGCUUGUAAUUUGCUGAAUAUUUGUGUGCAGUACAAAUUUACUACAAUUUUGAAAGACUGGCUAAUGAGUUAAAUUCAGCCUU